AAGCAGACGGCUUUUUUGGCCGUAGUUAUUAGGAGAAAGAUUGUAUACUGUGGAAUUUUAGUUUUAAUCAUUGAAAAGUUUACACAAAAUUAGAUUGGAAUCGAAUAUUGAUGUCAAGAGAAGUAAACAAACAAUGAGUUGUUCUCAGAAAGAAGCUGGUAGUAUCACAUUGCCCCAGCAGGAUGAUGUUUUCAGAAAUUUGAAAAAUGCCAAGAGAUUUGCAAUAGAUAUUGGUGGUUCAUUGACAAAAAUUGCUUAUUAUUCAACUGUUUCUUACAAACGAGCUUUUUAUUCAUUAGAUGGAGAAGAAAAUGCUCAAAGUUCGGAGGAUUCUCAUUAUGAAGUUUUGGAAACAGACGUUGAAGUUGCCCGACUGCAUUUCAUUAAGUUUGAGACAAAACAUAUUGAAUCUUGUUUGAGUUUCAUUCAAAAAAAUCUCAUUGGCUCUCCUGACUUCAUGAGAGGGAAGAGUAUUAAAGCAACUGGCGGUGGUGCUUAUAAAUACACAGACCUCCUCACUCACACUCUUGGUUUGAUGGUUGACAAAGAAGAUGAAAUGGAAUGCUUGAUAAAAGGUUGCAAUUUCGUUUUGCGGAACAUUCCAGAUGAAGUUUUUGAAUAUCGUCGACAUGUUACACCAGAAUAUCGUUUUCACAGCGUGGAGCCUAACAUGUAUCCUUACCUACUUGUGAAUAUAGGUUCAGGAGUUAGUGUUAUGAAGGUAGAAUCCGAGUCUUCUUAUGAAAGAAUAGGUGGUUCAGCUAUGGGUGGAGGAACAUUUUGGGGACUUGGUUCACUUUUGACAAAAGCAAAGGGAUUCGAUGAAUUACUUCAGCUUGCAGAAAAAGGAGAUCAUCGUAAUGUUGACAUGCUUGUAAAGGAUAUUUAUGGUGGUGAUUAUUCUGGAAUGUGUUUGCCUGGAGAUUUAAUUGCUUGCAGUUUUGGAAAAGCCAUUCAUUCCUCAAGGGAUAAAAAUUUCAAUCCAGGUCAGUUCGCUGGUGAAGAUAUUGCAAGAAGCUUACUUUUUAUGAUUAGCAAUGAUAUUGGACAACUAGCUUGUCUCUAUGCUAUGAUGCAUAAUUUGCAGAAAGUGUAUUUUGGUGGCUACUUUUUAAGAGCCCAUUAUUUGAGUAUGCAUACUAUUUCAUAUGCUAUAAACUACUGGAGCAAGGGUAAAGUUCAGGCUCUGUUCCUUAGACAUGAGGGCUAUUUAGCUGCAAUAGGAGCGUUUCUGAAAGGAGCUGAAGAAUAUGAUACAGACAAAUAUUCAUGGUGUGAAAAUUAUGCAGGAAGUUCUGGAUUAAGUAGUCCUGUUCCCACUCAGUUAAAUUCAGCAAAUAAUCCUAUGAUUGACCAGUUAGAAAUAGAUCGAUUUGACUGGCAACUUGUGCAUUGUCCUCUUUUGAAGGAUCCAGCUGAUUACAUACCUGACACUGUCGAUUUAACUCAAGAUGAAGAUGCUAGAGAUUACUGGUUGAUUUGCUUUGAAGAUGCAAUAGACAAGUUUGUUGAAAGGGCAAUUCGAAGCCAAACUCAUCAUUCAGAUGCUCAACACAGGGCAAAAAUAUUUAAAGAAAAGUAUAUGAGUCGAUUACAGCAUUUGCGUUCACAUCCAUUUGCAUAUGGUUCCCUAACUGUUCGAAGCUUGUUAGAUAUGCGGGAGCAUUGCUUAAAUGAGUUUGAUUUUUCUGAUCCUUAUCUGCAGCAAAAACGGAUGGAAAAUGAGCAGGCACUUAAAUUAUUGAAAUCCAGAAUUGACGAUCUGAACGCUAUGAAAUGGGAGGAGAAACAGAUUGCUCUGGUCACUGGUCUUCUUGCUGGAAAUGUAUUUGACUGGGGAGCAAAGGAGGUUGCAAAGAUGAUGGAGACUUCCGAUUUUGGUUUCACCGAUGCUAGGAAAAGACUUGAAAAUAGACCAUGGCUGAUAGAUAAUUUAGAUCAAUGGAUUCUUCGAAUGAAAGGAGGAGCCCAUAAAUGCGCAGCAAUUUUCGUCGAUAAUAGUGGAAUGGAUGUUGUGUUAGGUGUUAUUCCCUUUGCUCUAGAGCUUCUAAAAAGAAAUACCAAAGUCUUAUUGUGUGCUAAUUCUAAGCCUGCGUUAAAUGAUGUCACUUACCAGGAACUAAAAGUGCUAAUGCGCAAAGUUGCUGCCAUUAUUACAGAAAUCAGCGAUGCGCUUUCAUCGUGUCAACUUAAAAUUUUAGAUUCAGGACAAGGAUCACCAUGCUUAGAUUUAAGUCGUUUGAACCUUGAAGUUGCUCAAGUCAUGGAAAGCAAUGGGACUGACCUCAUUGUUUUAGAAGGAAUGGGCCGUGCCGUUCACACAAAUCUAAACGCUAAAUUCAAAUGUGAAUCCAUAAAAGCAGCCGUCUUAAAGAACCAGUGGCUUGCAUCUCGACUAGGUGGUGAAAUGUUUUCUGUCAUUUUUAAGUAUGAAAAUAAUAUUCAUUCUGCUUCUUAGAACAGGAAGCAUACAUUCUUAAAGCCGUCCUCUUGUAGUGGCUGGAGAAACUGGAUUGUGUGAUAUUUCUUUAAAUUUUGAGUGAUUUAUUAGUUCCCUUCCGCUUGUGUUCUUUUAUUAGUGAUAUUAUGGAACUUGUGAUAUCUCUGAUUGCAAAUAGUUAGAAUUUUGGAAAAACUUUUUUUUCUUCUUUUUUAGCAUUUUUAAAGGUUUUCUUUUCCUUUCUUUUUGUUUUUUAACUGAAUUUUAUUUUGUUACUUAUGGUUUUUUUGAAUGAUGAUUUACAGUUAUUAUGAACUUUGUAAGGUUAUGUAAAAUGCUAAAACUUUUAGAAAUGCAUUUUACUGCAUUUUAAAAUAGCCCUCAGGACAUGCUUGAAAAUAGUGAAAAAGAUGGAAAAGCAAUUUAAAAGAUUUCAUCAUUACAGAAUAAUGGAGGGGAUUAGGAUAGAUUUUUUUUUUUUUUUUUUAUCAUUUGUGAGAAAUGAAAUUUUUAUUUAAAAUGGAACAACCCUUUUUUUGUUUUGUUUCAUCUUUCGUCAGAAUUUUUUCUACUUAUUAAAAUCUAUUCUGAUUUAUUGUCUUAGUUUAUUGUCCUAUGUUCUUCAUUUAUUAAUUUGUACAAAAUUCAGAAAAUUAUUACACUGCAAUGUAUAGUUUUUAUUGUAGAUUUUUUCUGAACUCUUGAUUUCUUUCCAACUCCACACAAACCCUGGUUGCAUGAUGAAUAGAGAUCUCUAAAUUUUUUUAAACAUGAUUUGUUUAUUUCUCUCUCCCUCCCCCCUCAACAUGCACAUCAAAUGCCUCUAUUCUGCCAUGCUAAGUCCAGAAGUGGUUUCCGCAGCAGAGCUCAAAACGAGAAAUUGUUUUUUAAAGUUUCUUAUCUCCAUAUCAUUGAUUCAGAUGCCACUUUUUGGCUAUGUUCGCAUACCGCUACUGGUCGGUUGGUGACUAGCAGGUGACUAACCACAGUGUUCUAACAGUGCUACUGGUUAACUGGUUGUUUCCAAAGUCAUUCUAAUAGUUUCACCAGUAGAUCCAUCGGUUCAUUGCAAUUUAAGCUAGUUGAUUGGUUGAUAGAACCAUGUGAAUUUUUGACCAAUAAUAAGUAUUUUUCUCCUGCACGUUAUUCGUCUCCGCAAGUAACCGGGGAUCAACCGAAAGUGUUUGAUGAAUUAUCGGUUGGUGAACAAUCGGUGAAUAACAGCUGGCAUCAUUAGCUGUCAUGUGAUCAACUGACCAGUCGCAACUGGCAGCAGUAUGCAAACAAAACCUUUCAGAAUUUUUAAAAGACUAUUUCCUUCUCACAAAUGACUGUAAACAUUGUAUUUAGUUAAAAUAUGUUAUAAAGAGCCACCUAGCAAAAUAACUCAAUUUUGAUAAAAAGCACAGAUAUGACUUUUGUGCUUAGCACGGCAGUAUUCUGUUUUGUGUAGUUUGUGCAUUUUGUCUUGAAAAAUGUUUUACUUUCAGUCUGUUGAAAUGAUGCAAUAAUUUUUGUGUUGAAUAUUUUAUGAUCAAAAGUUUGUGGACUGUUUAUAUUUUAAUGUUUAAAAUUUUGAUUAAUUACCAUUUUUUAAACUUUGUGUUAUGAAAUUUCUACCUCUGUAAAAUUUUUUAAAAAAAUCUGUAAAUAGUGUUAUUAUGUGGAAAUGUUUCACUGUUGCAUAAAAUUUGUGUUUUAUAUUUUGAAUGAUGAUUGGCACAUUAUGUAUUAAUGUGCCAAAAUGUAUUUUGUGCGAAAUGAUAUAUUUGAA